AACCGCGACGAGAUGCCAUCUCAGUUUGCAUUUUGCAGCAUCCUCCAUUGGCACGAUGGAAGCACCCGCGUACUACUGCCUCUAUAAGACGAGCAAGUGCCGCAACCCACGCGGGCUCAAGCGAGACGGGACGCUUCACCGUAUGUGCAACGACCACCGCGCCAAGGCCAACGAGAGCCAGCGGAAGAGCGAGGCCAAGAAGCGAUACCGCAAGCACGUUCUCAAGCGCCCGGCGUAUGCACCGUACACGGUGUCGUGGUCGCCGCCUUUUGCCCACGUCGACGAGCUACCACUGACGUCGCCGACGUGGCACAGUCCCAUGUUGGAAGACGAUGCAUCGACCGACGAAGAGCACAUGUGGCCCGCGCCCCCCAAGAUGGCACUGGCGUUUAUCCUCGACGCAGACGUCGGCAUGUGUCGUCGAGACGUUUCUUAUGCUUAG